AACAAUGCUUUUCCCGGAUACUGAUUGGUCGAAAGGGCGUGGCCUGGCUGCGGUGAUAUACUUUCCUGCGUUUUGAUUGGCCGAGGCGGGGAACGUUGGCCGGCCUUCCCUAGUGACGUGACUCGCUGCCGUAUUCUGUCUUCAGUGUGCACGUGACGGUGCUCGGAGGAGGAGGUGUAUAGCGCGCUGCUCCACUACAUGACUCGUAACUGGAAAACUGAAAUAUUAUAAACUCAGCACCGGCAGACACGUGUAAAGUGAUUCAGUGGUAUUAGUAACUUACAAACGCUGGGAUUUAACCUCGAAGUACUGAAGCGUCUAAGGAUUUAUUGAUAAUUGGGUAGUUAAUUAAAAGACAGGUAUCUGGUGUGAAGUGAGAAGGUUGUGUUGGGUGGUGUUGUGUGUGUGCUGCUUGUGAUGCCCCGCGUGAUGCUGUGACCGGUGCCGUGGAGUGCCUGGCCCCCCACGCCCCCCAGGAGGGCCUCAGGAUGCUCAAGUGGACCCUGCGGAACCCUCCAGACGCGCCCACACCCCCGCCCCCCGAGGUGACCUUCAGGGCGCACGAAGGCGAAGGACGUGUCAACCUAAAGGAACUCCAACACGUGCUGGCUUGAGACUCAGGUGAAAGUGGCGCAGGUACGCUCAACCUCCAAGGUGAUAGAAAACGGAGAGGGGGAGAACGGGAAAGAAAAUGAGGGGACUGUUACAAAAGUGGAGGUCCGCUCACCAACACCACCAUCACCACCACCACCACCAUGAGGAGAAGAAGAGGAGGAGGAAACAACACAAGCAUACCAGGUGUAACCCCCUGGAUCCCCUGCGGCUGUUCACGGGGGAGGUGACGGACAGUGACAGCGGCAGCGUGUAUAUGAGACUAGAACACACCCCUGCCGCCCUGCUCCCCCGCCCCCCCAUCACCCCCCACCACGGGGCCCCGCCGACCCCCGCAGGAAGCCACUUAUUGACCUCUCAAAUGGGGAUUACAGUGAUGUUAGGAAGUAUUUGCAGUCUCUCUCCACCUCCUCCCUCCACCCUCACUACCCCCACCACCACUACCACCAUCACUAUCACCCACAUCCACAUCCCCACCCACACCAGCACGCCCACCACCUGCCGCCUUACCUGCAGCCCUUCGCCCGCAGCACCAAAGGAAGUUUUCAGCGAGGUCCAGGGCCGGGUCCCCUAGUGCGACCUGACCCCCUCGGCGCCUCGGCCUCCAAGCUACAGGAAGAACAUCGCUCCCGCGCCCCCGCCACCUCCAGGACGCGGUCUCGCUCCUCGUCCGUGUCCCGUGCUCGUCCUCCUGGCCCCUCUAGUCACCCCGGGGUCGCGGCGGGAAGCGAGGGGCGCGGCGCGGGGGCGAGCGUGCCCUCGCCCCUCAAGCGACACUCUAUCGCGGACAUUCCGUCUGCGGCGUGCGGCGUGCUGCGCGGCGUGUGGGAGGCGCAGAAGGAGCGGCGGGGUCGGUCCGUGAGUCAUGAUAGACGCAGACGCAGCUAGGGACCUGAAGAAGGAAGGAGAAGAGGAGGAGAAGGACGGUCAGAGAAUGGAGGGAAGGAAGGCGAGGAGGGAGCGGAGGAAGGAGGAGCCGAUUUAUGAGAAGGUUGGGGGCGAGUCCAGCCCCUCCACCGCCGCCAACUCAGGCUCCAGCCUGGCCUCUAAAAACAGCAGGACCUCCUACGACAACGUGAUCUACAUGUCCAUGAAGGACCUGAGGGCGCAGUACACUCAGGAGGGGGAGGAGGGGGAGCGGUCUGGCGAAGCGGGGUUCUCUUCUCCGCCUCUGCCUGCCAUCUGCCAUGGGGUCUGCCUCACGCCCCCCAAGGACCCACUCUACGAAAACCUCCUGUACCUGCCCAUGACGGAGGUGCGCUCCAGCGGCAAGAAGGGUCUGGAUCGGCAGCGUCCCCUGCCGGUGCCACCACUCUGCGAGGAGCAGGAUGAUACCUGCUCCUUCACCGCCGAGCCUCAGCGGGAUCUGCACCGGCCAGUUGCCCUCAGGUUCCUGGGCAGCCCGCACUGCUCUGCGCUCCACCUGGCGGACCAGCCGUCCAAGAAGCCUUGCGUCACCGACUCUCAGGCCGGGCCGCCGCACAGGACAGCUCCCGAGGGCUCGGCCGCCCACCGCAGCACCGGCCAGCACGUGCACAUAGACUACUCUGAGGCGUCACGUGAGCCAGCCAUGCCCCUCCACCAACUGCGUCCACCGCCACCGCCGCCUCCCAGGGGCACGCGUGCCGGCCAGGGCACCAGGAAGAGUCGAACCAAGAUGCCGAGCUGGCAGCGGCCAGAGCCCCUCCUGCCGGUGAUCUACGAGAACACCCGCCGUGAGGAGACGCCUCGCGCCGCCAAGAAGCGAAAACUGCGCCACCUCAUGGAGAUUGAGUUCAGCAUCGACGAUGACGACGACGAGCGGCCAGGCGGCGGCACCUCUGAGGGUGAGUCCGCGUGGCGGCAGUCAGUCCAGCAGCGACAUUCCUGACAGCGGCGUGUCGGAGGGCCUCACCACGCCCCUCAUCAGUCCCCUCAGCGGCCCACGCAGUCCCCAGUCCCCUCGCAGCGACAGCCUCCUUGGGGAGCCCAGCACGCCCCUGAGUCUGGACCAGCUGGAGGGCAAGGCAGGGCCCACGGAGAACACCACGCCCGACGUGCCUCGGCCCCGCCUCCCGCAUGACGUCACUGAUCCGGGUUUCUUGGAGUGCGAGCGUCGCGGUUACCUGUCGGAGGAGCUGCAGGAGGAGGCGCCUUCGUCGUGGCGGUGUGGCGGCGGGCGGAGCUGGGUUGACGCCUCACCCAUCAGCCGCGGGGACGUGAGCAGGAUGCUGCUGAGUGCCGUCGGCCGCAAUCUGUUCUGCGAUUCUCCCGCCGAGGGCUCCCCGGCACGGGACAACUCACUGGGCCGCCGCCACUCCCUGGGCAGCCUGGCGGACCUCUCCCCGAAAGCUCUCUUUCCUCGGCCUCGGGGACAACUCUACCACACACGGCAAGGAAGCGUCCGUGUCCCGGGAAGCGCCCCUCAAGAAGGCCCACUCUGUGCUUUGCCUCAGCCCGACCUCCCCCGGUGAGAUGCACCGCGGCCAGCAUCAGCGCCAGCACCAGCAGCGUGCCCCUCAUGGCUGCCGUGGCGCAGAUCUUGAAGGAACCCGAAGCACGCGGGUCCCCGCCAUGCCGCCGCUGGCUCCCCGCGGAUGGACAAACGGCCCAGAACACAAGUGUACAAUCAGGACAAUGGUGGGCUGGGGGGGCGGGGGAGGCGGGCGAGGAGCGGUGCGCCACAAAAGGGUCAGGUAGUGCAGGUGGGCAGGCUGCUCGCCCCUCACUCAGCUGCCAGCCUUCGCCCCGCUAUCACCACCCGUCCUGCCCACUCAGCCCCUCCCAGUCCCACCCCGCCCUCCAGACCAUCUCUAGUAACCCGACACUGCCACUUCCGGUGGAGAUGAGGCGGCGGGGCAGCCUCUGGCCGCGGGGCACGCGGGUGCCGGGCUCUCAGUGCCUGUCGGGCCGCGCCCCGAGAAGGAAGCUGUGCUCGCGACUCAGGACGUGAGUGAGUGUGACAGUGGUUGUGGGGGCGACCUUACCCCUCGGUGGGAUCAGACCAGCGCGCGGCAGCGACGCCGGCGGGAGGAGAGUCACUACCGUCUU